UUUCCGCUCAACUGAUGUUCUCCAGCAGCGACCUGACGGAUGCGCACUGCGCGCUGUCUGUCGUCUCGUCCGACCACGUCCGAUUCCCCCAUGCGCAGCUCGUCGUGCUGUCGUCCGCAACGUCCGUCUUCCGAAUGGAGCAUCUCGCAUCGACCCAGGCGCUGCCGCCGCUGUCUGGCGGUGCAGUCUCGGAGGGUUCGCUCACGGCGGUUUCUGUCGAAUCGCUCAUGCAGGACGUGCCGGCUUCGACCUCGUCUGCUACUACCAGCAAAGCAGCUGCCCAAGCACGGUCGAUCCAGGCCUCGACGAGCUCUGGCAACUUGCUCAAGCAGCCCGCGACGCCCGCGACGCCCGACAAGCAGCAGCAGCGACCCGCUCAACCCCUGUCGCCCACAUCGCCCUCCUCAUCGGAGAUGCACUCGCCGCGAGCAAACCGGUCCAGCAAGAUCCCUGCAACCCCUCAGGCGGCCGCGUCUCAUGCGCUGCUGAGUGCGCUUGUGCCCGCAGCGACCGCUGCAGCGACAGAGCACGUCACUGCGAGCGACGCCGCUGCUUGGGCUACGGCCACCUCGCGUGCUGCAACCGCCACGGCCGUCUUUGCGAACGCAGUGACUUCAUUGUUUGUGGCGGCGGAAGCCCUGCACGUCAACUUUACAACCUCGCUGUGCCCGACCAAGGUGCCGCCAUUCAAGGCCUGCUGCACGUCAGAGCUACCCUCUGCACCGCCGUCGUUGGAUGCCUCGGAUCGCCAGGGUCGAAUUGUCUUUGUCGCGUCGAUGGAGCGCUUGGCGGGGUCGGCGUUCGAGAAGCAGCUGUUGCAAGAACUGCAGGCCGAACUCCAGCAGCAAGCGCACGCUGCCAGCGCGCCCAACAUUGCCUUGCCGCACUGGCCCGUCUGCAUGGUGUUUCUGACGCCCGUCUCGGACGAGCUGGUCAACGCCCUCACUGCCACCCGCUGCUUGGCAGUGAUGAGCUUUUCGCCGUCCCAAGCGCUGGACAACGUUGGGCACGCAGCCUUUACCGCGUUUGGCAGCGAGCUGCUCACCCGACUGUGUCCGUCUGCCUGCAAGAUUGUCGUCCCGUUUGCGACCGCCUUCCAGGGCGCCGUUGCAACGCUGAACGACGAGCUUCGCAAUGCCGCGCGCCUUUCCGUCUGGUCUGACUUUGCAGAAGCCGUCACGGCCGCCAGCCCCGGCGCCACGAGCAACGUGGCGUUUCUCAAUCUCCCAGCUCGCAAGCACAUUGCAGCCGAAAACGUGGCCGAUCUGCAAAGCUUGAGUCAGUUUAUUCGCGACCAGGUCAGUGCUGCGCCCUCGCGUACGGCCUCCGUCGUGCAAAUUGCGCUGAGUGCCCCGGCGGUAACGGCCGAUGCUGCCGGAAGUGGCGAGAUGGCGCUUCAAGCUGCUGCAGCCACCCCUUCCAAGCCCCUGCAAGCGCGUGUUUGCGUGAUUGCCGGUUCGAGCGGCGUCGGAAAAGGCCAACUGGCCCUGUCCUACGUGCAAAAGCACGUGCAGCAGCUAUCAAGCGUGUACUGGAUGGCCGCUGACACGAUGGCUGCCGUCUACCAGGGCUAUCAGCGCCUGGCCGUCCUCCUGGGUAUGAUGGAUGCCGAGGCUGCGCAACAGGACAACGGCCUCGUCGCCAAAGUUCACAGCGAGCUGGAUCGCCGACAUGUCAAGGCGAGCCACCCCGAAGAUGGCAUGCUCGUGCCUACCUAUGCGAUUGUGUUUGAGAACGCGAGCGCGUCCGAGCACCUCGAGGUGCUGUUCGAAGCCGGUCCGCGCAAGGGACUUGUUCUCAUCACUUCUCGCGAGGAAGCGUGGGCCCGAGCUGCUGUCUGGAAGUGCCCUGCUCCUUCUGUGAGCGCCGCCUCCAGCAUUUUCGCGAGGCUGCUGAGUGUCGAUGGGAGCAGUGGCGACAGCGCGGCGUUGCAGGCGUUGGUCGAAAAGCUUCAAUGCAUCCCGCUCGGCUUGUCGCUGGCUGCGCAGCUCAUCCAGGCAGAUCCCAACAAGCGUCUGACUGUGCCAUUGCUGACCACCCAGCUUGGGGAAGCCCUGUCCCGUCUGAAUGGCACGAAAUUGGACGAGCACGACGACGACAUGGACGACGACGAACCAAUGCCCCCGCGGUGUCUGCAGGCGCUGUGGAGCUUGAUCUCCAAGGCUGUUCAGAGCAAUCCAAUUUCCGUCAAGCUGCUCGAGUGCAUGAGCUUUGGCGGCAUUCCUCAUCGGAUUCCCAUUCCGCUGCUGUACCACUGGAUUGGUGUCCAUGCGCGCAGCUUGGGGCUGGCCGCCAACUUGCUCGUCCGCAAGACGUGGGCCGCACUCAUGUCCCUGCAAGAGCUGGGCAUUGUGUCGUUCGACUACGACCCUGCCGUGACGACCACGGUGGAGGCGAGCCGCAUGCAGACCGUCUCGAUGCACCCCACCGUGCAGCGUCUGGUGCGCUCCACCUAUCGUCGCGACCAUCGCGAGGAAAUGGUCGACUGGCUGGUCGAUGCCCUGCUGUUGGUCACGUCGAGCUCCCAUCCGCUCUCCAUUUCGACGGAGAGCUCGGUCGUCGUCGCGUAUCUGCCGCUCCUGCUGGCGUGCGUUCGUUUAUACAAGCCGCUCCUCUCGGCAGCCGACUCUGCGCGCAUCUACUUCCGCACCGCUCACAUUCUGGCCUUCUACGCCCAACGACCAGACACGGCGCUCUCCUUCUUUGAGUCGUCGCUCGCCAAGCUCUCGCAUCUCCGCGGCGUCGACUCGAUUGAAGUCGGCUACGUUGCCUUCGACAUGGCGUUUGCGCUUCGGCUUGUUGGGGACGAGCACCAGGCAAGUGCGACGCUGCACCAGUCCUUGACCGUCGUUGAAAAAACUCUUGCAUCGUUCGACCCGGAUGUCGCAGAAGAGAUUCGUGCUGCGCUCAAGUCUGUCAAGGUUGGCUCGUCUGCGGCUGGCUUGGCCCAGCACCUGCAGCACGUUCUUGCUCUGAAGGCCCAGUUGUUUAGUGACGCGGCCGUGACGAACGUCGAGCACUUGUUCAUCAUGGCGCGGCUCCACGGCCGAGUUGGCGAGUACCAUCGCAAGUUGGACAUUUUGCGCCACACGUACGAGGCGGCUGUCGCGUCGGCCAAGGAUCCCCUGUCCCACACUGCCACGGCGCUGUCCAUGAUUGGCAACACCUGUCGCCAUCUCGGUCAGUCGGAGCUUGCUCGUCUCUACCUCGAGAAGGCCCUUGCCCUUCGCGAAAAGUUCUACAGCUCUCGGCAUCCCAACCUGGCGAAGGGGCUGCGUGACAUUGCGCGUGUCGACGAAAUCCAGGGCGACUAUGACGCUGCCUUCAGCCGCUUCUCGCAGGCGCACUCCAUCUACAACCAGCUGCUCCCUCGGCAUGCCUUCACUGCCAAGCUGGUUGAGCAUAUUGAGCGUUGCUCGACGCAUCGAUAAAACUCGACCGGGUUGUUGUUGAUGCUGUUGUCGUUUGUCGUUUCCAAUCGUGUUGAAUUUUGCUUUUGCUCCUGUUAUUCAUGUUGGGUUUUUUUUUCUUCUUGCUCGAAUAUUACCAUUGUCUCA